AUGGCGGCCGAGUCGCCGCGGCCUGUCCCUGUCGACGACAAGAAUCUCGAACGGGACGACGCCGACACCAGCACCCAUUCGAUAUCGCUUUCCGAGAAAGAACGGGAACGACAGGUCGAUCCCGACAUAGAACGGGGCGUCCCCGUUAUCGAUACCACUGAAGAUGCAGACGAGAAGACCCCUGGCGAAACAACCGUCCAGCGCGACGAAAACAUUGUGGACUGGGACGGACCCGACGAUCCGGAGAAAGCGUUGAACUGGACCGAGAGGAAGAAAUGGAGCAACGUCGCGAUCAUCUCGAGUGUGACAUUCCUGACUCCUCUGGCGUCGUCGAUGGUCGCUCCCGCCACACCAUUGAUCAUGGAGGAGUUCAACUCUUCGAACGAGACUAUCGCGAGCUUCAUCGUCUCCAUCUACAUCCUUGGCUACGCCUUGGGUCCCCUGUUUCUGGCACCGUGCAGCGAGAUCUGGGGCAGGCUCUAUGUGUACCAUGUGUGUAACUUCAUGUUCGUCAUCUGGACCAUGGGCUGCGCCUUGGCCCCUGGCAUGGCUUCCCUGCUGGUUUUCCGCCUCCUGGCAGGGAUUGCUGGAAGCUGUCCUCUCACCAUCGGCGGCGGCUCCAUCGCAGACCUGAUUGUCCAGGAAAGGCGCGGUGCGGCAAUGGCCAUCUUUGCGCUGGGGCCUCUCAUGGGCCCCGUCAUCGGCCCAGUGGCAGGAGGGUACCUGGGCCAAGGUGCAGGCUGGCGCUGGAUCUUCUGGCUCAUCACCAUCGCCGGCGGUGUUGCGUUGACCUUUUCCGUCAUCUUCAUGCGCGAGACCUACGAACCCAUCCUGCUGGAGCGCAAGGCCAAGCGACUGCGGAAACAGACCGGCAACGCGAACUUGCGGUCGAAGCUGGAUCAACAGAUUCCCAUGCGCGCCUUCUUCACAAGAGCCCUCAUCCGACCCUCGAAGAUGCUCGUCCUCUCGCCCAUCGUGCUGUCCCUCUCGAUAUACAUGGCCGUCGUGUACGGAUACCUUUACCUGCUCUUCACCACGCUGACCCUGGUCUUCGAAAACACCUACCACUUCAGCCAAGGCGCCGUGGGGUUGAGCUUCCUAGGUAUCGGCAUCGGCUCCAUGCUGGGUCUGGUCAUCUUCGGCGCCCUCUCAGACAAGACGGUGAAGAAAAUGUCCGCCAAGGGAGAAAUGAAACCAGAGUAUCGGCUCCCGCCUCUCAUUCCUGGCAGCUUGAUCAUCCCAAUCGGUCUGUUUUGGUAUGGCUGGAGUGCAGACAAGGGUAUCCACUGGAUCAUGCCAAUCAUCGGGACUCUCUUCAUCGGCCUGGGCCUACUGGCGACUUUCAUGCCCGUCCAGACGUAUCUGGUCGACGCAUACCCCGUUCAUGCCGCUUCCGCGAUCGCAGCAAACACGGUUCUAAGGAGCUUGAUGGGUGCUUUCUUGCCCCUCGCAGGACCGGACAUGUACGCGGCCUUGGGCCUGGGAUGGGGCAACUCGUUGCUUGCUUUCAUCGCCCUGGCAAUGUCGCCUCUGUCGUGGAUAUUCUUCAGGUACGGCGAACAUAUCCGGAACAAGUAUCCAGUGAAGUUGUGA